AUGACAGGGACAGAUCUCACAACGGCGAAGGAGGUGGUGAAGGAGUCAUUGUUGGGCUCAACGGUGGCAGGGGAUAUUCAACUUUCCGCCCAAUCGAAAGCUACUUUUGAGAAGAAUUCGCGGAAGGAUGAGUCUGGAGCUGAGGAUUAUAUGACCGAGGAAGAUUUUGUAAAUGCCAUUGCGCCGGAAGGAGAAGAUUAUCAUAAAAUCAAACGAGAACAAUAUGCAAUUCUAUUCCGUGUAGCUGAUCAAAGAAAUACCGGUAAAAUCAGUUUACAUGAUUGGGGAACUUUCGAAAACCUCCUUGCCAAACCCGAUGCCGAAUAUGAGAUCGCAUUCCGUCUGUUCGAUGUCGAACGAACCGGCACGGUCAAAUACGAUGAUUUGAAGAAGUUAUAUGAAUUGAACAAGGGACCAGAUUCCAUACCCUUCGAUUGGAGUUGCGAAUGGGCGACUUUAUACAGUGGAGGAAAGAAGAGAAGACACGAUUUGACUUAUCCACAAUUCUCGCAGAUGCUUCGAGGUUUACAAGGAGAGAGAAUACGUCAAGCUUUCCACCACUUUGAUAAAGAUGGAGAUGGAUAUAUUGAGCCAGAGGAGUUCCAAAGAAUUAUUCUCGAAACAGCAAAACAUAAACUCUCGGAUCAUCUUCUCGAAAAUUUACAUACUCUCUGCAAUAUCUCGGCUGGUAGCAAGAUUUCAUAUGCAAAUGUUAGAGCGUUCCAAAAUAUGAUUAGGGAGAUGGACUUGGUGGAGAUGGUCAUUAGACAGGCAACUGCAGAAAGCACCGAUGGAAAGAUUACCAGAACGGAUUUCCUAAAUGAAGCUGCAAGAAUUACUAGGUUUUCUCUCUUCACUCCUAUGGAAGCUGAUAUUUUAUUCCACUUUGCCAGUCUGGAUAAUCCUUCUGGCAGACUCGGAUUAUCUGAUUUCGCAAAGGUCCUCGAUGCUUCAUGGCGCAAUCCAUUGUACAAUGCCUACGAAAAAAGGGCUAACGGCAAUGGUGUGAAAGUAGCUGGGGGAAGUGUCCUGUAUAGCGUUCUCGAAUCUGUUCAUCACUUCGCAUUGGGAAGUUUGGCAGGAGCUUUUGGCGCAUUUAUGGUAUACCCUAUCGAUCUCGUCAAAACUCGUAUGCAAAAUCAAAGAUCUUCAAGAGUUGGAGAAAUGUUGUACAAGAAUUCUUGGGAUUGUGCUAAGAAGGUUGUGCGCAAUGAGGGGUUCAAGGGUUUAUAUUCUGGUGUUUUACCACAACUCGUUGGUGUUGCUCCAGAAAAGGCUAUUAAAUUGACAGUCAACGAUCUUGUUCGUGGUCAUUUCUCCUCCAAGGAUGGCAAGAUUCAAUUGAAGCAUGAAAUUCUUGCUGGUGGUAUGGCCGGUGGUUGUCAAGUGGUCUUCACUAACCCCCUUGAGAUCGUCAAAAUUCGUCUACAAGUUCAAGGAGAAGUCGCUAAAAGUGUUGAAGGCACUCCUCGCCGCUCAGCUAUGUGGAUCGUUCGUAACCUUGGUCUCGUCGGUCUCUACAAAGGAGCAUCAGCGUGUCUCCUCCGUGAUGUUCCUUUCUCCAUGAUUUAUUUCCCUACAUAUAACCAUCUGAAGCGCGACUUCUUCGGUGAAAGUCAGACCAAAAAAUUGGGUGUCGUGCAUUUAUUGACUGCAGGUGCCAUUGCUGGUAUGCCAGCUGCUUAUUUGACUACACCUUGUGAUGUUAUCAAGACCAGAUUACAAGUUGAAGCCAGAAAGGGAGAAUCUCAAUAUACAUCUCUUCGUCAUGCCGCAAAAACCAUCUUGAAAGAAGAAGGAUUCAAAGCAUUCUUCAAGGGUGGACCAGCUCGUAUCCUUAGAUCUUCCCCACAAUUCGGUUUCACAUUGGCUGCAUAUGAAGUCCUUCAAAAUCUUCUUCCAAUGCCAGGUCAUGCCAAGGAUGAGAGACCUCAUGUGGGUGUAGCUGGUGCGGCCGCAUUGCCAGGCCAGGAGGGACCACUUCAUUAUUUGAGAAGUAGAAAUGCGUUGAAGAUUAUUUUGGAUUUGGAUCAGGAGUUCGGAAGAGUGAAGCUUCCUGGAAAGGAAAAGUGGAUGGGAUUACCUAGAGCGAUUGGUGGAAAUGGUACUGGAAGUGCUUAG